AUGGCUAGAUGGAAACCCGCACGUAACUUCCUCUCCAGCAUCGGCGCCGAUGUCCUCUGGCAGUCGAACCGAGACCUCAAGAUCUUGAUCCUGCUGCGCUUCAUCCGACUGCUCGGCUAUGGAGGCACGACGCUUGUUCUCGCGCUGUAUCUCAACGCGCUGGGAUUCAAGGAUACGCAGAUCGGUCUGUUCAUGACUCUGACUCUCGUGGGCGAUCUUGCUAUUAGCUUCUUCCUCACUUGGUUUGGAGAUCGUGUUGGAGUGCGCCUCACGGCGGCUGUGGGGGCGCUGUUUAUGUGUGCCGGUGGUAUUGCGUUUGCCUACUUUGAGAACUUCUGGCUAUUGCUUUUGGCCAGUAUUCUCGCUGUUAUCAAUCCAAGUGCCAACGAGAUCGAUCCCUUCAAAGCCAUUGAGGAGUCAGCCAUCGCCCGCCUCAGCACCCCGCAUACUUGCAACGACAUGUUCGCCUGGUGGUCCAUGCUGGGUAUGUUUGGCACGGCUGCAAGCAACCUCCUCACAGGCUGGGCCAUCAAUGCCCUCGGAGACUCCGGGAUGGAGAAGGUCGAUUGCCAUCGCAUGGUAUUCCUCGCCUACGCCGGUAUCGGACUUGUCAAAUUGAUAUGUUCUAUGUUCUUGAGCUCCGAGGUCGAGCUCAUGCCCUUUCAAAAGGAACGCUGCGCAACGCCACCUUCUGGUAUCCAGACAUCGGAAGAUGGUGAAUCAACUGACGACGAGAAUGCGCCGCUUCUCGCCGAAAACACACCUGGCUAUGGAGGUAUAAUCCCAGAUUCUGCGACACCCGAGUCACAGGCUCAGGUUCUGGCAACAGCGAAAGAAAAGCGUCUCUUCACUCCAUCCUCCUUCGACUUCAUGUGGAAGCUCUCCCUCGCCAUGGCCUUCGACUUUGUCGGAUCCGGUCUCGCGCAAAUAUCAUGGAUGACAUACUUCUUCAAGCGCGAGUACGAUAUGCCCGAAGGCGCUCUAGGAUCUGCAACAUUCACCGCGGGAAUCAUCUCCUCUGUCCUCAACCUCGCCUCAUCACCUCUCUCGCGCUCAAUCGGUCAGGUACAAACCAUGGUUCUCUGCCACACCGUCAACUCCAUCUCUCUCCUGAUGGUUUCCGUGCCGGGGAACAAAUACAUCGCUCUCAUCAUCUUCAUCUUCCGCAUCGUCACGCGCGAGAUCGACAAUGCGCCGCGCCAGGCAUUCAUCUCUGCGGGUGUUUUGGAUCACGAGCGAACCUCUGCCAUGGGAGUGGUCAAUAUUGUCAAGACCAUCGGUAGUUGUCUGGGUUUGUACAUCACCGGUUUGUUUGCCGGGCUGGACAAGUUCUGGCUUGCAUUUAUUUUGGCUGGCGCUCUGAAGCUUUCCUAUAAUGUUUUGAUUCUUGCAUUCUUCUGGAAGAGGCGUUGA